UGGGAAUGGAAUCGAUGGCCAGAGGUCAGCGGCGAUAAGGCUGCACAUCGGGACAAAGUCGGCCUGCAGCUAGCACUCGAAAGCGGGUGACAUUGGAGGACCCCAGCCCAGGCCACAAUCCACAUCCAAAACUGAUAAGAAGUGGGAGCGUGGCGAACGCGGAGAACGGAGAACGCAAAACGGAGAACAAGUUAAAUAGGCGCCGUGGAGAGAGAAACGCUCAGUUGGCAGGCAAACGCGGAGCAAAACAGACGUACGAAAACACAGAUGAAUGAAAACGAGUGCGAGAAACGGGUUAGCAAACGUUAGCACUCAUCGGUCAGCGAUCUUUGGCAUCAUCUUCAUCUGCAAUAGAACCGGAGGUCGGAGACUGGAGAUCGGACAUCGGACAUCGGGCGACAUCGGCAUCUGAAGAGUUUCAAGGGCAACCCUCGCUUUUUUUCCGACCUGAAUCUGAAUCACUAGACGGGGCGUCUUCACCACAAUCAUAAUCACCUGUAAAACAGCAGGAUGGCCCCACCCACCGUUUUGGUCACCGGAGGAGCCGGCUACAUUGGCUCCCACACGGUUCUGGAGAUGCUCAAUGCGGGCUACAACGUCAUCUGCGUGGACAACCUGUGUAACGCGUACAGCAGCGGCGCCAAACUGCCGGAGGCCUUGAGCCGCGUCCAGGAAAUCACCGGGAAGAAGGUCAACUUCUACAGAGUGGACAUCACGGACAGGGAGCAAGUGCGGUCCGUCUUCCAGGAGCACAAAAUCGACAUGGUGGCCCACUUUGCCGCCCUGAAGGCCGUUGGCGAGUCCUGCCGCAUUCCUCUGCAGUACUACCACAACAACAUGACCGGCACGAAUGUCCUCCUGGAGGCGAUGGCCGACAACAAUGUGUUCAAGUUCGUCUACAGCUCCAGUGCCACUGUCUACGGAGAGCCCAAGUUCCUGCCCGUGACCGAGGAGCAUCCCACGGGCAACUGCACAUCGCCCUACGGCAAGACCAAAUACUUCACCGAGGAGAUUCUCAAGGAUCUGUGCAAGUCGGACAAGCGGUGGGCUGUGGUGUCGCUGCGCUACUUCAACCCGGUGGGCGCCCACAUCAGCGGGCGGAUUGGAGAGGAUCCCAACGGCGAGCCCAACAACCUGAUGCCGUACAUCGCCCAGGUGGCCGUGGGCCGCCGACCCAGCCUGAGUGUCUACGGCAGCGACUUCCCCACGCACGACGGAACGGGAGUGCGCGACUACAUCCACAUCGUGGAUCUGGCCGAGGGACAUGUGAAGGCGCUGGACAAGCUGCGCAACAUCGCGGAGACGGGCUUCUUUGCCUACAACCUGGGCACCGGGGUGGGCUACUCGGUGCUGGACAUGGUGAAGGCCUUCGAGAAGGCCUCCGGCAAGAAGGUCAGCUACACCCUGGUCGAUCGCCGGUCCGGAGAUGUGGCCACCUGUUAUGCGGACGCCACGCUGGCGGAUCAGAAGCUGGGCUGGAAGGCCGAGCGGGGCAUCGACAAGAUGUGCGAGGACACGUGGCGCUGGCAGAGCCAGAACCCCAAUGGAUAUGCCAACAAGUAGCGCUCUUGCCCCCGUUCCUGACCUGCCCUCAGCAAGUUCCUGAGUUACUACACCUUCCUAAUAACUCAGGUAAUACGUUUAUGUUGCCCCUAGCUGUGUAUAUUUCUUUCCAAAUUUCCGUGUAGUAUCCCCUGUUUUCGAUGUGUGCAAGUGUGUGUAUGUAAAUCCAAAGUACUUUGUAAUUAAAAAAGGCUUUUCGCUGUCGUCAUGUAA